UGUCGACGAGACGAAGUGGGAUGAAAUAAAUAUCUAUCCCAAUUUAUCCGGCACUGUAAAAUUUAUUAAAAUCGUGCGUAGUCCUUAAUUAAGUACAAAUAAUGUAAUAUAGUAUCUUAAUAACAGUGCGUAUGUUAAAAAUUUUGUGAAAAAUGUUUUUUUUAUGUGAUUUUUGCACCGUGUUGUCAGCAGGUGGACUGGAAUGAAACUUCAACAAAAUAGUUUAUUAUUCAUUUGUUUGCGUUUUUUGACAUAAGCGUUUUUAAAAAUGAUGUGUAAGGGUCGUCGACUGAUAUGGGGUCAGUAAUGAGAUGCAUAUUCAAGAAUCUCAUCAGACCCAAGAAAAUAAACAGGCAAAAUGUUCCAAAAUGACAGAAGACGGACACAAAAAAUCUGGCAUGAAUGGAAUCAUUGACGGUGGUAGUGGAAAUGUGGGGGCAGCAAUUAAUAAGAAUACCUCUCGAAAUGAUACUGAACAUCGGGCAACGGGAACAGCUAGUUCAACGGGUGGUCGACUCAAAUUCUUUAAAGAUGGUAAAUUUAUUUUGGAAUUGGCAAGAGCUCGUGAAGGGGAACGUGUAUCAUGGGUAUCCGUUCCUAGGAAAACGUUUUGGCCACCACAAGCUAGCACUGGAAGUACACCACCAACCCAUCGACAAGAAAGUAGCACUUCGCUCAGUGUGUCCGAUGAUAACAGUUCCGUACAAUCAUCACCGUGGCAAAGAGAUCAUUCGUGGAAACAAAAUUCCCCCCGAUGUAAUGUAUCAUCAGAGAUGACCUUCUUCUACCACCGUCCAUCAAAACUGCAAGUGCCCGUUUUACGUCAUAAACGACGUCGUCCCUUCGAUUCCUCCUCAAACAUAAAUAAUAUAAGGACUUCGUCAGAACGUGGUGAACGAGACGAGUGCGAUAGUAGUGUGCAAUCUAAUAAAAUAGUGAAAGUAAAUAAUACAGAGGAUAUAAAAAAGGAAGAAGGAAUAAUAAGUGGAGGAGUAGUUGUAGGAGGAGGGGGAGGGGAAGGGACGAUUGUUAAAAAUGAUAAUAAUUCUAAUAAUAAUAAUAAUAAUAGUGAUAGUAAUAAAAUAAAAGGCGUGAAUAAAAAGAGACAGAAAAAGUUAGUUGAUAUUGUAAAACUAUUGUGGGAUAAAAAACCACAAAUUAAUAAUUACAGUACAUUUAAAUCUGUAUUAAUGUCGAAUAUUCGUCAUGAACAAAUGGUAUCGCCACGUAAACGGAUUCUACGUGAAUUGGAACGUGUUACAAUUGAUGAUUUAUCGAAUAAACGGUCUAGAGCCAAGCCAGCUCAAAGUAUAACGUUUUCUACUGCCACAACAGGUUCAAGUCCAAGCCGUGCUCAUAAUGGUACGGCCGAAACAUCGUCGUCGAAAAAUACUAGUAGCUAUAGUAUUACCUCAUUAUUGGGUCAUAAGAAAGAGGAAGAAGUCUCAAAUCCAACGCCUUCCAUAUCGCAUACCGAAUAUCAUAAUCAUUCAACACAAUUAUCGCCGAAUGUAUCACAGCGUGUCCUUGUAAACAACGUAUCUGUGUCACCGAAGAAUAUAAAUUAUUCACAUUCACCGAAAAUAAUCUCUCAUCAUGAUUCACCAGAUUUAAGUCCGAGUCCAGAACAUUACAGAUAUGUUCCACAUCAAAAUAUAGCUCAUAGCUCACCAACUCAUGCAUUAUCACCGCCACCAGACGUUCAUAAAUUGUAUCGUGUACAUGGAUCACCGAAUCAAUAUAAUUCGCUGCACGGUUUGGUAUUGCACCAAAAAUCACCACAGUAUUAUACGCCAAGUCAUCGAUCUGCAGCUGCGUCGCCAGGCUCGCCCCGAUCUCCACUUGAAGAUAGUAGCAGAUCUCGAGAACAUCGGUUUAUUGAACCGAGUUCGGAAAAAAUUGAUAAUGUGGGACAUCGUGUAUUAGAAAUGGAACAUUCAUUACGUCCCACAUUCAUAUCUCCAUAUCUGUACUCCCCUGGUCCAUCACCAUAUAUCAGUCAUCCAGCGUAUUAUAAUGCUGGUCCGUAUCGAAGUCCAUAUCAAGCUCCGUAUCCAGGGGAACCGUUAACACAUUCUCCCAGUUCUCAACCUAGGAAUUAUUCAACACAUCAGAACUGGAGUCAUGUUAAUCAGAAUCAUGCUCUCGAUGCGCUUAGAGAUGAUAUCGCUUCAGAUGUUCCAUUGAAUUUAUCUAAACAUGCGGGUUGAACGUAAGAAAUCUACUCCGUAAAACUAGUGACUCUAAAGAGUGCCUUUUUAAGAGAAUAAAUCAUUAUUUUAUUAUUUAAUGGACAAUGGUUUUAUAUUUUUUGUACAUAACUCGAAUCAGUGUUUCA